AUGUUCCCAUUACCCCGAAUUCUGUACGCAAUGGCUUCAGACGGUCUUAUUUUUCGGCUUUUUGGUCGCAUCAACCGACGAUUUAAAACCCCGUUGAUUGGAACAGUCAUCUCUGGAGUGUUUGCCGGAAUUUUGGCUGCGGUUUUCAGCUUGAAGGAUCUAGUCGAUAUGAUGUCUAUUGGCACACUAUUGGCUUACUCACUCGUGGCCGUUUCCGUUCUAAUUCUACGAGGACAGCAAAGUCCGAUUUCCAUUCUGCACACGGACGAGCACGAGUCGGCUACUUUGGAACCACGUGGAGAUACCGUUUUCGAGGUCACAUUACCCGAAACCGAUAGACCGGAACGCUAUUCACCGAACUCCGAUCGUCAGUAA